AUGCUCUAUCGGCUGGUGUUAUUGGCUGCCACAUUGUUGGCUGGCAUGAGUGCUAGCAGCAGCACUCCUACAGCAACAACAGCUGCUUCGUCAACAAUGCCGUCAGUUGUUCUCGAUUAUUGUACAGUCGCUGCUGCCGUGGGCAAUGAAUCACUAGGGUUUUAUCGCUAUCAGAAUAUCCGUUACGCGGCAGUCCCUACAGGUGAUCUCCGUUUUGCGGCCCCGGAGUGGCCACCUCAAGAGACUGAGGUCAAUCAAGGCCACUUGGUGUCUGAAGCAGUCGACUGUUCUACUUCUGAGGACUGCCUGUACUUAGAUGUGUGGGCUCCCGCUAACAGUGCUGGCAAAAAACUGCCUGUUUUGGUCUACAUGUUUGGUGGUGGCUUCACUGCCGGCAGCAAGAUUCAGAGCACUCCAGAGGGACUCUUUGACCUGAGUAAAGAGUUUAUCUUUGUAGCUUUCAAUUAUCGCCUCGGAUUCUCAGGCCUUGCUAACGGACCGACCUUCUUGCAUGAGGGUGGUACGUCCAAUACGGCUGUUUGGGAUGUCGCACAUGGGUUUUCCUGGGUGCGCAAGUACAUCAGCGCGUUUGGCGGCGACCCAAAUGCUGUGACAGCCGCUGGAUUUUCUGCUGGUGGAUCACAGGUCAUGUUCCAAAUGACGCGCUUUAAUGGACGUGCCGAACAGCUCUUUGAUCAAGCCUACAUUAUGUCGCCGGGCUACGUACCCGGUGCAGGUCACCAUCAGGCUGAGGCCUACUGGCAAAAUGUUUCCUCCAUCAUGGGCUGUAACGCCGCCGACAUAGCAUGUAUGCGUCAGGUCAACUUCACCACUCUCCAGGAUAAAGCAAGUGAUGCAGCUUCAACAUACAACUACCAGCUACAGCCUAGAGUGGAUGGGGACUUUAUCAGUGAUACUUAUGAAGCCCAGCUCUACCAGAAGCGAUUUAACUUCUCUGGUCCUGUCGUGAUAAGCCACGAGCGACACGAAGAGAACAGCCAGAAUACGACUGGUGUCACCAACGAGGCUGACAUCGUCUCUGAGCUCAAGAUUUAUUUCCCAGCCAUCACCGAUGAUGUCAUCACGGAAAUUUUGAAUCUAUAUCCAGCCUCACACUAUGAGAGUGCCGGUUUGCGUCUCUCGGAUAUUCGGCAAUCCUUCGACCUGACAGGGAAAGACUUGGCCCUGACUCAGGCGCUGCAUAAUCAGACAUGGAAUGCCAUGGUAAACCUCGGCGACGCUACGCAUGGAACGGAUCAGUAUUACUACUGGUACAGUACCUACAGCACCGUGCCCGCCAAUGGAUUGUCGGUCUCUGAGAAUGUGAAUGUCACAGUUGCACGUAAAAUGCAGAAAUAUCUUCUUUCAUUCGUGCUAACUGGCAACCCGAAUACCCUCUGGCCUAAAGACAAGAUCUAUUGGCCAAAGUACGGAAACUUGACCAAUACUCUCAACCUCAACACCACCAUGAAUAUUAUCACCGACGAUUUAGCCAAUGACCGUAGCCUAUUCUGGAAUAAAGCUUUGUGGUACUAA